CGGCUCUGCCCUACUUGGUUGGGCCGGCUUGUUGCGGGGGGCGGAGGGAAGGUUGUUUGGAACUCCGCGCACGGUAAGGUAAACUGAGGCGAGGCUGUGUGUGGCGAUCUCUGCACCCGCCUGUGCCGGAGGUCCGGAGACCGCGCCCUUGGGCUCGAGAAAGCGUGUGGGGUUGGAGACUUGAGGCCCGGAGAGUUCGUAGGCUGGCGAGAGACGAGGAGGUCCCCAGACGCCCCUCCGCGGCCUCCGCUCGGGCCCGGCAGCCCGCCCGCAGCCGUCGUCCCCCCGAAUGGUGCGCCUCCUCGCAGGCCGCGGCCCGGGAUCCAGGCCUCCUGUGCCCCUCGCCUCGGAGCGGCAGGUCCCGGCGGCCGGGAGGAAAGAACUUCGGCACAGACGAGGCCGUAGCUCCGGGAGCCCCGCCGACGCCUGGAACCUCAGCGUCUGACUCAGUGCGAGGGCCCCUGCGCCCCCCGCCCCGUCUCUGGGAAGAGGAGCCCUCUGGCCACCGGAGCCCAGGGAGGCCAGGCUGGGGCCCCGGUCCCGGCAUGCCGGUCCCCUCCUGUGCGUAGGGCCGUGCCCGCCCCGCGUCGGCAUGGCCGAACUCCGGCCGGUCCCGGGGGGGCGGGAGACCCCUCAGGGGCAGUUGCGGCCGGAGGUCGUGGAGGAUGAAGUCCCUCGGAGCCCCGUGGCGGAGGAGCCCCGAGGAGCUGGGAGCAGCAGCGGCGAGGCCAAACUGUCGCCGGGGGAGGAGGAGGAGCUGGAUCCUCGAAUACAGGAGGAGCUGGAGCACCUGAACCAGGCCAGUGAGGAGAUCAACCAGGUGGAGCUGCAGCUGGAUGAGGCCAGGACUACCUACCGGAGGAUCCUGCAGGAGUCAGCGAGGAAGCUCAACACUCAGGGCUCCCACUUGGGAAGCUGCAUCGAGAAGGCCCGACCCUAUUAUGAGGCACGGCGGCUGGCUAAGGAGGCCCAGCAGGAGACACAGAAGGCAGCCUUGCGGUACGAGCGGGCUGUGAGCAUGCACAAUGCUGCCCGGGAGAUGGUGUUCGUGGCUGAGCAGGGAGUUAUGGCCGACAAGAACCGGCUGGACCCUACGUGGCAGGAGAUGCUCAACCACGCCACGUGCAAGGUGAAUGAGGCAGAGGAGGAGCGACUUCGUGGCGAGCGGGAGCACCAGCGGGUGACACGGCUGUGCCAGCAGGCCGAGGCUCGGGUGCAGGCCCUGCAGAAGACCCUCCGGCGGGCCAUCGGCAAGAGCCGCCCCUACUUUGAGCUCAAGGCCCAGUUCAGCCAGAUCCUGGAGGAGCACAAGGCUAAGGUGACAGAGCUGGAGCAGCAGGUCUCUCAGGCCAAGACCCGCUACUCUGUGGCCCUGCGCAACCUGGAGCAGAUCAGCGAGCAGAUUCACGCACGACGCAGGGGCCUGCCCACUCACCCCCCGGGCCCUCGGCGGUCCUCCCCUGUGGGCGCUGAGGCUAGGCCAGAAGAGGAGGAUGGAGACAGCGGGAUCAUUGAGGGGGCUGAGGGCGGAGCCCCGGAGGAGGGCUGCAGCCUGGGGCCUGCUCCCGCUCGGGAUUCGGACACGCUGAGCCUGCUGAGCCUGCGAACAGUGGCCUCGGACCUGCAGAAGUGUGACUCCGUGGAGCACCUACGGGGCCUCUCGGACCACGCCAGUCUAGACGGCCAGGAGCUGGGUCCCCAGAGCAGGGGUCGCGGGGGCCGCCACCAGCGCAGCAUCAGCCUGUAGCCCAUGCUCAGGGUGGCUGUGUGUCUCUUACCGCUGCUGGCCUGUGCAGGGCUGUGUGGGCUCCCAGCUCCUCUCCUGGGGGCCUUGCCUCCCCCGGAGCAGCUGGGUGGGCUGUGACUGACUUCUCGUCAAAUAUCUGGCCCUCACAGUGUCCAUGCUCUUUGGUGGCCUCUCUGACUUCUCUCCUUCCGCCUGGCUUUUCCCCUCAGGGAAUUUGGUCUGGGAGGUACAGGGAAGCCCAUCACAGAAGGUGGGACCUGAAUCCAGCAUCUUGGGCCCCCAGCUUGAGUGGGUGGACAGGUGUUCCUUCUCUCUGUCCCCUGAGGGGCCCUGGGGAUGUGGCAGAGCCCUCCUGGCCACCCUGCCCCAUGCUCUGUCUCAGUGUGCCUGUGUGACCUGUAAAAUGCACUGUGGGGCUGUGUGCCUCUGGAAGAUGCAACCCCUGACCCUUCAGCGCUCCCUUCUCAUGACCUAAGCCGCUUUGCGCCGGGUGCCCCAGAGCAAGACUUAAACGGUGCUGCUGUCAGGAGCGGGGGAACCCGGCCCCAGUGCCAGCAUGGGGGCUUCACCAACUCCACGUGGGCUACUGUGUGCUUUGUUUCCCCAGCAACAUCCCCCUUGGGCCCUCAACAUCGCCAAGGUGCUAGUGGGUCUCUGAUAGGGCCCCUGUAGGGAGGAGAGACGUGAGGUUCUGAUGCAGAGUGAGGUUUACUAUAGAGGAUGCUGAGCUGGAUCUUGGCCUCCUGCGGGAUGGAGUUAAGAAUUUGGUGCUCUUCCCCCAACCAAACCAUACCUCCUCAGAGGUCCCUUGGGGAAUGCUCUACUGCGGCUGCCCUUGCCCUGGGGAGGACCGGUCCUGCGGG